UUUUGCACUGUGGGCUGCGCUGCUUUAAAGCUUCAAACCUGUGCACUGCAGUUUUAGAGCUCUACUGCAGACACGCAUCGAUUCGGUUCAUUUUCUGAGGUUAUUUUUGGGUUUGUCGGAGGCGUACUCCAAUCUAACUUCUCUCCGUUGUCGAAUAAAUGUGAUGGAAAAUGAAGCACAGCGGAGCCAAGUAACUGGAGAGGAGGAAGAAGAACCAUCAGAAAUAUGUAUGGCAGGUACACACAGGAGCUGGGAGAAUUCGCCAAGGAAGAGGCAGCACGUUUGAGGGAGGAAAGCAGCUUUAGGAGAACUCCUCUGCGUGAUCGGAGCCGGUCUGCAGAGCUGCUGGAGUACGAGAAAGGCCAUUGCACCAAAUGUCGAAUUUGCACAGUAAGAUGUCAGAAGUUUCUAAUCUCCAGGGUUGGGGAAGACUGGAUCUUUCUCAUUCUUCUUGGCUUGCUAAUGGCCCUGGUCAGCUGGGCUAUGGACUUUGCUAUUGCUGUCUGUUUACAAGCCCAGAAAUGGAUGUAUGGGGGACUGGGCAACAAUGUCUUCCUUCAGUAUCUGGCAUGGGUCACCUACCCUGUUGUUUUGAUCACCUUUUCUGCUGGUUUUACCCAAAUACUUGCACCUCAGGCAGUUGGAUCCGGUAUUCCUGAGAUGAAGACAAUCCUCCGGGGAGUGGUCCUCAAAGAAUACUUGACCUUCAAAACAUUUGUGGCCAAAGUGAUCGGAUUGACCUGUGCUCUGGGCAGUGGAAUGCCCCUUGGUAAAGAAGGACCAUUCGUGCACAUUGCCAGUCUGUGUGCUGCACUGCUCAGCAAGUUCAUGUCACUUUUUGGAGGAAUUUAUGAGGAGGAGAGCGGAGAAGGGUAUAAGAAUGAGUCACGCAAUAUUGAAAUGCUGGCAGCUGCUUGUGCUGUGGGAGUUGGCUGCUGUUUUGCUGCACCCAUUGGAGGUGUACUGUUCAGUAUUGAAGUAACCUCAACCUUUUUUGCUGUCAGAAACUACUGGCGAGGCUUCUUUGCAGCUACCUUUAGUGCCUUCAUCUUCAGAGUUCUGGCAGUUUGGAACAAAGAUGAGGAGACCAUCACUGCUCUCUUUAAAACAAGAUUCCGCUUGGAUUUUCCCUUUGAUCUCCAGGAACUCCCUGCCUUUGCUGUCAUUGGGAUUGCCAGUGGUUUCGGAGGAGCUCUGUUUGUCUACUUGAACCGAAAGAUUGUGCAAUUUAUGAGGAAACAGAAAGCCAUCAAUAAAUUCCUGAUGAAAAAACGCCUGCUGUUUCCAGCACUGGUCACUCUGCUGAUUGCCACUCUCACUUUUCCACCUGGCUUUGGGCAGUUCAUGGCUGGCCAGCUGACCCAGAAGGAGACGCUGGUCACUCUUUUUGAUAACCGCACAUGGGCUCGACAGGGAAUUGCUGAAGAAUUUGAGUAUAUUAGUAUCUCGGAGGCAUGGAAACAUCCUCAUGCCAAUGUCUUCAUCACACUUGUUGUCUUCAUCUUGAUGAAGUUUUGGAUGUCUGCUCUGGCCACUACCAUCCCUGUCCCAUGUGGAGCCUUCAUGCCUGUAUUUGUGAUUGGUGCAGCAUUUGGUCGGCUAGUUGGUGAGAGUAUGGCAGCCUGGUUUCCAGAUGGGAUUCAUGCAGAUGGCAAUAUUUACCGUAUUGUGCCAGGAGGCUAUGCUGUGGUUGGAGCUGCAGCCCUCUCUGGAGCAGUGACACACACUGUGUCCACAGCAGUCAUUGUGUUUGAGUUAACUGGACAGAUCUCUCAUAUCCUGCCCGUGAUGAUAGCUGUGAUUCUUGCCAAUGCUGUGGCCCAGAGCCUCCAGCCAUCCCUUUAUGAUAGCAUCAUCCGCAUCAAAAAACUUCCUUACCUUCCAGAACUAGGUUGGGGUCAUCAUGAGAAAUACAACAUUCGUGUAGAGGACAUCAUGGUAAGAGACGUGAGGUAUAUUACCCUGAAUUGCUCCUACAGACACCUGUAUGAUGUCCUGCAAACCAGCAACCUGAAAACCCUGGCACUAGUAGAGACUGCAGAUUCUAUGAUUUUGCUGGGUUCCAUUGAGCGCUCACAACUCCAGGCAUUGCUGACCAAUCAGCUUAGCCGUCGCAAGAGAAUGGCUUAUCUACGAGAACAAGCACAGGCAAAGGCUGCCAAGAAGCACUUAGCAGAACAGAGCAACACUUCUAAUGAUGUGCACAACCAGUGCUUGCCUCAUGAAGUCCGCUUUCAGAUAUCCACAGACCAGUCCACUUUCAAUCCAUCCCGUUUGGUUCCCGAAAAGCCCUUGAAGCCAGCACUCAAACGUCCAAGCAGUAGCACUUCAGAGAGCCCUAUGGGAGCCAUGGACAAUACGAGCAUUGCACUGAAAAGCUUGUUUUGUGCCAGCCCUCCCCCAGAACAAACUGAGACCAAUGAGCUAUCAGGGGGUUCUGAUAACAGGAAGUCCAAACGAGUGCGGAUUUCCGUUGUGGAUGAGGUGGAUGUUGAGGAUGACAUGACAAUGUUGGAGAUUGCUGAGUGGGAGGAGAUGCAGCUAGAGGAGCAGGUGAACUUCAACAACUGUAAGAUUGACCCGGCGCCUUUCCAGUUGGUUGAAAGAACCUCUCUGCACAAGACUCACACAAUCUUCUCCCUUCUUGGUCUGGAUCACGCUUAUGUCACCAGCAUUGGCCGCCUUAUUGGUGUGGUCUCACUUAAAGAGUUAAGGAAAGCAAUUGAAGGUUCUGUGACAGUGAAAGGUGUGAAGGUGCGCCCCCCUCUGGCCAGUUUUAGAGACAGUGGAACCAGCAGCAGUGAGACUGAGACAACGGAGAUUCAUAAGCUAUGGGACCGCCAUAAAAGGAUGUCCUUACCCCGGGAGUCCAGCCCUUCAGAACCAGAUGAAAAGUCCCAAUGACAAGGAGGACACUAAGAUAAUCUGCACUGACCUCACUUUAGUACACUGUGCGGAGAGACUUCAGAGUGGAUAUCCAUCCUGUGUUGCUACUUUACAAAGGGAGAUUCCUUCAGUUGUUGAGAAAGGCAGCUGCAGCAAGGGGCCACUUUGGGUCCUUCUGUCCACGUUUGCCUACAAGUGAUGAAGCAGUCAACACAAUGGACUGAUGCACAAUGAGAUUAGUCCCUGGGCAGUUAGGAAGGGUAUUCAUAUACACACCAGCUGCAUCCUAGUCAACUGGAGCAUCCUGCACGUCUAAUAUAUGGUGCCAUAAACUUUUAUUAUUAUUAUUCUUAGAUAAAUGAAUGUUUGAAGCAUUGGCUGCCAUGUCCUCUGGGCAUUAUACGAGACUGAGGAGGUUGGGUGUUGAGGAUGUGGAGUCACUGUAAAAAAAAAAAAAAA